AUGACUUCAUCAAAUGAAGGGACAUAUAAUUUCAAGAAUGAAGAAUUUCAAGAAGAAGAUAUUUGGGGUACUAAUAAUAAUAGUGUUAUUGAAAAAAGCCAACUUAGUUCCAAGUUCAUAACCAGUAAAGAUCAGCCAUUUACUUUGAAUCAAAGGAGGCAAAUACCAACUGCAGCCAAGAUUAUGAUCCCAAAGUCAAACAAGAAUUCAAUUAAAGAAUUUAAAAUAGUUCAACACUCAGCCCCUGUGAAAAUACCAGAUUGGUCAAAAAUUUAUGGGACAAGUUUAAAGAAAGAUAUUGGUAAUUUUGUGACAAAUAAUAGUUGGGAAAGUGAUGAUCAAGAAAUUGAAGAAAAUGAUGAAGGAAAUAUAAUGCCUCCACAUGAAUGGCUUGCUAAAAGAUUAGGGAGAAGCCAAAUUUCUUCAUUUUCAGUGUGUGAAGGUGUUGGAAGAACAUUGAAAGGCAGAGAUCUAAGCAGGGUAAGAAAUGCUGUUUUAACCAAAACUGGAUUUCUUGAAUAG